AUGCCCCGUAUCAGCUGUAGGGCCCUGCCCACUCUCCGGACCCCGGUCUCUGUUCAGACCCCGAUGACCAGAAUCUCCCAAUUCACACCACAGACAACAAGCACACCGUCAUUCCUUUCAUCUCGACCCUUCUCCUCGCUUCUUUCCACGCCAACCCGUUUCCGACCAUCGCAGACCCUCCCCACUCCAAUCACCUCAUCUGUGUCCUCACUCCUCGCCCAGAAGCCUUUCCAGGCUCGCGCCUUCUCCGCUUCUGCUUCGCUAGGCGUGCGUCGUGUCACCUACAAUCCCUCUCGGCGCGUCCAGAAGCGUCGCCAUGGGUUCCUGUCUCGGAAUAAGGCUCAGAAGGGACGGUUGACUCUUACGCGCCGGCGCAUGAAGGGACGUAAGGCGAUGAGCUGGUAA